UGGAUUGCAGCCUAGUACCUUAACUGCGCUCUGCCUAGUAACGGGCUUUUUGUUGCGUCAUGCGGCACAACUUGUUGAAAGUUCACUUUGCACUCUGGCAUCAAUAAUUAAGUGUAUCGAUUGCUGCUUCUCUCUUUCUCCCAUCUUUUCCUGCACCAGAUACUUCAGCGCAUUGCCACCAUCAUCGACCGACCGCCAACUCUGCGGUGCGCUUGCCUCGGGCACUUUGCUGAUUUGUCCCGCCCUUUCUGCCAUACCCCGCCAUCAAUAUGUUUAUGAUCAAGAAUGUCAGUAAAUACCUCUUCGGAGACGCGUCCAAAGAGGUCAUCACAGAGAUCCCGCAGGGCCAACUGUAUCUCGUCCGUCCCCUUUCACCCAAAGGCUACUCCGAACUCAUCUAUAAAGACGCCGUGGCCAGUAUUCGCAGGACUGGGCAAGAGUUUCAGUACCAGCUUGUUGUACAACGUGCCUACGAGGAAGGAGAAGAAGAGCUAGCAGAAGAAGACGACCCCGACGGAGUAGACUCUCUAGAUAAGGACGAGAAAACCUUUCUUCUUGAUCAGAGUCUGCACUUCAGGUCAGAGAAGAGAUCAGGUGGCGAGACGAUACUAGCUUGGCGAGACUUGAGCGGCGAUCCUGGCGACCUCUACGAAUUUGUCUGCGACUCUUCAGUUGGCGAAGAGAAGAUUCAAACGUUCCUAUUAGCAGCUGUGGACUGCCAGUACGAAAGAAAACACCGCACGUCAGCACAAACAGCCACCGACGCCGACCUCCAAGAAUUCUACUUCGAUUCCGAAGACGCGAUUCCUGCUGCUCCUUCUGUCUCUCCUCCCCAAGAGCCACAACCUACCUCCAAAGAGUCGGCCGCAAGAAUGGCAAAAGAUGUAAAAUCGACUCCAAAGAAAGCCAAUGUGGCCAAACCAAGAGAGACAGAAUCCACUCAAGCGCCUACAGCCAAGACUGCCCCCAGCUCUGGCGAGGUUCUCACAAAGCAGCACGCUGAGCUGCAUCUCUUCGACUUCCCCACCUCCAGCUUCGUUAUCCAAGACCCUUCCGUAACCGCUGUUGUUACCGAUCUAGGCAACUGGCGAUACUGGCUGCAAAUCACAAGCUCCGACGGGAAAGAAUGGCUCGGCCAAGAAGUUGUAGCUGACAUCAACCCUGUGUUCAACUUUGAAUAUCUAUCGGCGAUCUUUAAUCACUAUACGGAUGAUGGAUCAGCUUACUCGUGGCUUCUACGCUUCCGCGAUCAGGCUACCUUGGAGAACUUUCAAGAGGGGAUCAUGCAAGCAUUGUGGGAACAGCUGAACGAGAUGAAAUGGUCAAAGGUCAAAGAGCAGGACCGUGAAUAUGUCUUUGAAGCCUUCAAUGAGUUGACCAUGGACGAUGUGCCGGAAGAGCAAGAGGAGGCCGAAGAAGAGGAAGAGGAAGAAGAAGAUUCUGAAGGCGGCCAACGCAGUGAGCACUAUGACACAGAUGAGUCCGAAGACGAUGUCGAUUUGGACAAUCAAGAUGGCAAUGUCAACUCACAACUGGCUGUCGGAACUAAACACGAUCGGUCCUUCGUCAUUCGCGGAUCCAAGAUUGGUGUAUUCAAGCAUCUCCCCAACAGACACCUGGAGUUCACCACGAAUAUCUCCAAAGUAGAAACACCCAAAGGAAAGCUAUUCAGACCAGGCAAAGUCAUGCUCCAUUCCGAGGACCAAAACAUGGUGCUUCAGGAUGAAAGCAACCCCAAUGCCCUUUACCGAAUGGAUUUGGAGUAUGGCAAGGUCGUUGACGAAUGGAAGGUCCAUGACGAUAUUCCUGUGACCAACUUUGUGCCCGAAACCAAGUUCGCGCAGCAAACCGCCGCACAGACUUUUAUUGGUCACAGCAAGAAUGCGCUCUUCCGGAUCGACCCUCGCGUUGCUGGCAACAAGCUCGUGGAGGAUCAAUUGAAACAAUACGUGUCCAAGAAUGACUUCUCCGCUGCAGCAACUACGGAGAAGGGCCACCUGGCUGUGGCAUCAAACAAGGGUGACGUUCGCCUCUUCGAUCGUCUGGGCGUGAAUGCCAAAACACAUAUACCUGCUCUGGGUGAAGCUAUUAUUGGUCUAGAUGUCAGUGCCGAUGGCCGAUGGCUCCUUGCUACUUGCCGUACCUAUCUUCUCCUGAUCGACACUCUUCAGAAGGAGGGCAAGAACGAGGGCAAGCUGGGUUUCGAGCGUUCCUUCGCCAAGGACAGCAAACCUCAACCCCGUCGUCUAGCUCUUACACCAAGCCAUGUCGCACAAUUCCAACAUGAAACGGGCGCACCUCUGUCAUUUACUACGGCCAAGUUCAACGCUUCACCAGAAAACCCCGAGACCAGCAUCAUAACAUCAACAGGUCCUUUCCUCGUUACUUGGAACCUUAAGAAGGUACUCGCUGGCAACAAAGACCCGUACCAGAUCAAGCGUUACAGUGCACAAGUCAUGGCGGAUAAUUUCGAAUUUGGUUCGGAUAAGAACGUCAUCCUUGCGCUGCCGAAUGAGGUUGAUAUGGUCAGUCGCCGCAGCUUCAAGAAGCCAACCAGAGAGAGCAUCGCAGGACCGGCAGCAAGAAAAAGCGGAGGUGCCUUGGCUACACCGAGACGUAGCGGUAGGCAGAGCCAUCUAAGGGAAGAGAUCGUCAACAGUCCUUAUUGAGGAAGGGGCAAGAUCUUGACCUGAUGCUACUGCGCAUUUGAGAUGAGCAUGCUGUUGCGAAUGAUGCAGGACUCGGUGCUUCCUGCUUUUCUUGGAGUUCAACCCGGUGGUGGAAGACAUGCUGCAGCACCAGCUUUCAUCGUUGACUUUAGUACUUUUCUUGGCUUCUUGUUUUGAUACCCCCAAU